UUCGUGUAAGCAGAACAACGGAAAUACGUGCUGUUUUUCUUUGGGAAAUCCCACGCGAACUGCGAUAACCAACAUGGUUGAUGUCGCAUUGCAUGGCUGAGGCAAUUGUCCAGUAGGGCCUCGCAAUCUCAGAGGUGUCCUUUUCGUAGUCCAGGUGUGGUACGUAAAGUGGUACUGGUGUUGAUCAGGGCGUUCCGAGUGGCAGAAAGAGUAAGAGUGGGCGUUUGCUUGAUCUAAAUGGCUUGGGUAUGCUAUUUUGCCAGACAAACACGACCUGGCAUGUCCCCCAUAGUACAAUAAGUAGGUACAGGUUCAUGGUCAACCACGUAUUCAACCAUUGAAGGCAGUGGUUCGUGCGAGCUGGUUUGCAACUUGGAACGGGAAGCAUGAACUACAACGUCCUGUUGUGUAGUAUUUGUGGGUCUGUAACAUCAGGCGACUUCUGCAGUUGGAAUUCAAUGAAAAAUGAGAUUAACUUGACCGCAAAAUUACGUGCGUAUUCCUGUUUGCGCAGCUUAUCAUUUGCAGUGAUUGGCAACCUCAUCGCCGCCGUCGUCUUUCGUAUUGCAUACUCUAUACGGAACCUCAAACUCACUGUGUCAGCAAUGGAAAAAAGUCUUCUGGUCCAGUUACACGAUUCCAGCUGCAAAAUGGGGGCUGAAGCUUGUUGAGACUGUGCUGAGUUACCUGGGACAUCAGCGUGUGACUAUGAAUCAUGCAUAAGACUUGCUAUCUAGGGAAUGGUUCGGUACGGCCCGCAGAAGCUUGCUUUGUCUUCGAAGACGACACCAUGCACCUCGCACAGAAAUGUGCUAGUCCUAUCGAUCAUCCCACUCCCCCACUCCCGCCACGCACGGCUCUCAAAAAUGAAGAACUGGGCGUGCGCAUUUAAGAUUCAGUUCUUUGUAUUUCUUUCAGUUGAAUCAAUCGGAAUGGAGCUGAGAAGUAGUAACUCCAGUUCAUGGGAUGAGCUUAUCCGCUCGUUC